UACAGGGAAGUCAAAUUCCUGUGUGUUUGUAGGCACGAUGUUUCCUGGUAUUGUUUGAUACAUUUUGUUAGCAUUGCACGUUUUUUAAUCAUAAAUGGAUUCCAGGGUUUCUGAAAAAGAGGCGCCUCGCCCCUUGAGACGCUCGGCGAGACACUCGUCCGGAAACGUCAAAGUUCUGAAUUUUGAACCGACCCCCAGAGGUCCACUAAAGAGGACAAGAAAGGGGUUGGAAAAUCAAGUCCCUGUUUCAGCUGUGAAUGGUUCAAGAGACGUGGAGAAUGGCUCAGAGGAUGAAGAGUCCCCAACAAAGAAGAGCCGGGUGGAGACUGGAGGAGCAGUGGGCGGCAGUGGUGAUGACAAUGAGAUGGAUGUCCAGGAGUCAGCUGAAGAUGUGGAGAAAAAUGAAGACCAGGAAAUGGAUAUUAUGGAGGAUUCCUCUCAUGGCACUAAACCAGAAAUUUGCAGAGGCGCCCUUGGAGAUAUGAAUUUAUCCCCUCGUGUCUUGCUUGGUGAGCGCUGCAGACCCAACCAUGAUGUAAUUGAAGAUGCAGACUGGAUGAAAACGAGAGCAAAACCAUCAACAAAAAAACCUGCAGACCUCACCAAGUCUGCCACACAAAUCAGACCACCAGCAAACAGACAUGAUGUGCCGAAGACCAAGGUUACCAGCAUGGCCGACUACAAGAAGACGAUGGAGGCCAAAGCCAAGAGCACUGGGACAACGACAGUUAACCACUAUAUCCCAGUGUAUCCAGCCUCGGAGAAAUCCUACACGAUGCGACAACGCCUGAAUAACAUUCCAACACAAAAAGAACGUUUAAAACCCAAAAAACAAGAAGGGAUGAAGAAAGCAUCUGUUACCAAGAGAAGCUCUGGAUAUUCAUGUAGGGGAUUCAUGUGGUGUUUAUGCCGUUUAAUUCUCCUGGUGCUGCUCUGUUCUGCUGUGUUGCUGGCAUACAAAACAAUAAAGACUGCGGACACUGGAAAGCAUCUAUCCCUCGAUAUAAAGCCAGAUAAGUUUGCAGAUCAGCUGUCUCUUCUUGAGGCUCAGUUCCCCAGUCAGCGGCCUGAGUUGUGGAAGAGGAGCAAGCUCCACCUGGAGAGGCACCUCAGAGAGGCCCAGCCCACAGAGCCAGUCAGUCUGAUCUUAACCGCAGGCCGCAGUGCUGAGAGGACGCUGCGCUGCCUGGCUCAGGGGCUGGCCUCCUCCUUCUCCUCUGCCCUCAACGCUUCUGUCCUCCACAUCGAUGGAGCCAGCAAAGCCAGCCAGGACAGCGAUGAUGUGAAGCUGGACAUAGACAGCCAGUUGCGAGCAGCCUUUGAAGGCGACCAACCAGUGGCUGUCAUUCAUCGCUUUGAGGAGCUGCCUCCAGGCUCCACUCUCAUUUUUUAUCGCUACUGUGACCACGAGAACGCCGCGUACAAGCGGGUGUUCUUGUUAUUUACUGUGCUACUUCCUCAAGAUGAGGUCAAGGGGGGGCAGAGUCUGAAGGAAGUGGAAGAGUUGGUGCACGACUAUCUCAAGGAAAGGCUUGUGGACUCCAGCAGCCAAACUACUUUCAACAAGAUGGACACUGACAAGUAUGGUGGACUGUGGAGCCGCAUCUCCCAUCUUGCCUUACCGGUGAUGUCUGAGAAGGAAGUCGAGCAGAGAGGAUGCUGAUCCACCGAGCCGGCCAUAAAAGAGGAGGUCAGAAUACCACUUUGGACCAGCCUGAUCCUCCUUGGCACCGUGCAGGAGCUGUGAAACUGAAGUAACAUGUAAAUAUAACGUUUUUUGCUGUAGCAAUUACACAUAUAGAAGACAUGAGUUAAAAUCUCUGAAGGUUGUAUUCACCUCUCUCUGUCAGAGAUGAGGAUGUACUCACGUUGCAGUCCAAUGUCGAUGAUUCAUUUUAACUGCUCAGAAGAUGUCCAGCACUGAUUUUUUUUUUUUUUUUACCGUUCAUACAUUUAUUUACUUUUCCAUAAGGAUGUUUACAGAGACACCAUCAUUCCACUUCCAUAGAGGGGUACGAAAUGCAUAUUCUAAUGCAGAUUUAGUAUACAAUAUAUAGUUUAGAUUUAGGGCCCGGCAAUAUAUCGAUAGUAUAUCGAUGUCAUGAUAUGAGACUAGAUUUGUCAAAUUUUGGCUGCAUUACAGUAAUUUGAUGCGGUUUUCUGAACUUAUCAGACUGUUUGCUAUUUUAUUAUUUCCCUUUGCCCAUUUAGUCAUUAAAUCCACAUUUCUGACAAAUAUGAGAGAUCUCUUUGUGUAAAUAUUUUGCGAAAGCACAAAUAGUCAACCUUACAAUAUCGUUGAAAUACCAAUAUAGAGGUAUUUAGUCAAAGAUAUUGUGAUAUUUGAUUUCCACCAUAUCGCCCAGCCUUAGUUUGAUUGAUUUGUUCUGUGUCAUCAAUCCGAAAGAAGAGUUUUUUGAGGAUGAUCAGCAUGCAUUACACUGGCUCCUUCUUUGGAACAAAACAGUUUUAUUUGUGUGGAAAGCUUCAUAUAUGGUGGAAAUUCAUAUUUCUUCUGCUAUAUCAAAUCUUACUUAUUCUACAUUAGUCGAUAAUUCUUCUUAAUAUCCCCAUUGAGAUGUGUGUCCCUUCAUUUAAUUUUCUUUUGUACAUAGUUGGAUUUGCACUAAAAAAGUUUUGCUUUAACAAUCCAUCUUAUCAAGAGUGCUGGUUUUUUAAUUAUAUAUUAUAAAUAUUUUAUAUUCUUGUUUUCUGAAUGUGUAUAUUUGUGAUGCCUUGUCUCUUUCCUAGAUUGGAAUAUUUUUUGAAAACUGUUACAUAUAUAUAUAUAUUGAACAUAAAAACAUUUGGUCUUUGCACCUGUUGAAACCACUGAAAUGUAUUUCUGAUGUUACAACUUUAAAACAUGCAAGUUCUCACCAAGUGAUUUGAAUUUCUUAAAAAAAACAACAAAAAAACAAAAACAUAAUAUUUGGCAGCAAGUCACAAAAUGUGCCUUUGAAAAAUACAGAGACAUUUAACAAUCACUUGAUACUUUAUCUUGACAACAUAAGACUCAAACAAGCAUUCUUACUUUUUUUCUGAUUUAUGCAAAUUUGAAUUUCAAAAUACAGGUAAGUGUUAUUCCUGUUCUUUCCUCAUUCUUCCUUUAUUAUCACUCUGCGGUAAUUUUGUUCUCGUCACAUGAAUAUGUGUAUAUUUUCAAUAAAGAUUAUUUUGAUAACA